AUGCAUAUUCAUGAUGAAAAUGAAAUAAAAACUGUAGUUAAAUCAUCUUUAACCAGACAUAAUUAUUACAGAAAAAUUCAUUCAGUUGCAUUAUUAACAAAAUCUGAAAAGCUUAAUGAUUACAGUCAAAAUUGGGCAAAUCAUUUGGCUAAAAAAGACAAAAUGUAUCAUAAUCCCAAAAAUAAAGAUUAUGGGGAAAAUAUUUAUUAUAUAUAUUCAACAGAAGUCAUUACUGAUGUUGGAAAAGAUGCAGUAGAUGCAUGGUACAGCGAGAAAGAAUAUUUUGAUUUUGGAUGGAAUGAAGAUGAUAUGUCAAAAGCUAAAAAAGCAUAUCAUUUAACUCAGCUUAUUUGGAAAGAGAGCAUUGAUCUAGGAACUGGCAUGGCUAAAAGCUCUUCCGGUAAAAUAUUUGUUGUUUCUAAUUAUUUUCCUCCAGGCAAUGAAAUUGGCAGUUUUAGGAGUAACAUUUAUCCUCCAAGCAUAAAUAAAGCUUGCAAUUUAAUUGCUAUCAAACAUUCUUUGGAAGUAAUUUCAAUUACGAUUUUGAUAUUAUUUAAAUCAGCAACUAUUUUCGGACUUGAAUGA